CCCUCCCCUGCUCCUCCUCCCGCAGGUGUGUCUCCCGGCUCUGUGGCUGCCUGUAUCACUCCCUGCUCAGACACCCAAGAAAUUACCCACCCCGCAGCCCCAGCAAGCCCGAAGCAGACCAGACAAGUGUCCUGCGAUGGAAGCUGCAGAUGCCUCCAGGAGCAACGGGGCCAGCCCAGAAGUCAGGGACGCCCGCAGCCCAUCCGGCCCCCACGGUGGCCUGGAGAACGGCACCAAGGCUGAAGGCAAGGACAACAAGACCACCAAUGGGCACGUUGGGGAGGCAGCAGAAAGCAAGGGCCGGGGCAGCGCCCUGAAGGCAGGGGAGGGGAAGAGCGCCCUGUUCUCAGGCAACGAGUGGCGGCGGCCCAUCAUCCAGUUUGUGGAGUCCGUGGAUGACAAGGGCUCCAACUACUUCAGCAUGGACUCCGCGGAAGGCAGGAGGUCGCCCUACGCGGGGCUCCAGCUGGGGGCCAAGAAGCCGCCAGUCACCUUUGCAGAGAAAGCGGAACUGCGCAAGUCCAUCUUCUCGGAGCCCCGUAAGGUGUCCAUCGUGGAGCCCGGCGAGGCCCGGCGAAACAGCUACCCGCGGGCUGACUCUGGCCUCCUGCUGAGGCCCAAGGCGAGCUCCGAGGAGGUGCUGUGCGAUUCUUGCAUCGGGAACAAGCAGAAGGCCGUCAAGUCCUGCCUGGUGUGCCAGGCCUCCUUUUGCGAGCUGCACCUCAAGCCCCACCUGGAGGGCGCCGCCUUCCGCGACCACCAGCUGCUUGAACCCAUCCGAGACUUCGAAGCCCGGAAGUGCCCCCUGCACGGCAAGACCAUGGAGCUCUUCUGCCAGACCGACCAGACCUGCAUCUGCUACCUCUGCAUGUUCCAGGAGCACAAGAACCACAGCACCGUGACGGUGGAAGAGGCCAAGGCUGAGAAGGAGACGGAGCUGUCACUACAAAAGGAACAGUUGCAGCUCAAGAUCAUUGAGAUUGAGGAUGAAACUGAAAAGUGGCAGAAGGAGAAGGAUCGCAUCAAGAGCUUUACCACCAAUGAGAAGGCCAUCCUGGAACAGAACUUCCAGGACCUAGUGCGGGACCUGGAGAAACAAAAGGAGGAAGUAAGAGCUGCACUGGAGCAGCGGGAGCAGGAUGCUGUGGACCAAAUAAAGAUUAUUGUGGAUGCUCUAGAUGAGAGGGCUAAGGUGCUGCAUGAGGACAAGCAGACCCGGGAGCAGCUACACAGCAUCAGUGACUCAGUGCUGUUUCUGCAGGAAUUUGGUGUAUUGAUGAGCAAUUACUCUCUCCCCCCACCCCUCCCCACCUACCAUGUCCUGCUGGAAGGGGAGGGCCUGGGACAGUCACUCGGCAACUUCAAGGAUGACCUGCUCAACGUGUGCAUGCGCCACGUUGAGAAGAUGUGCAAGGCUGAUCUAAGCCGUAACUUCAUUGAAAGGAACCACAUGGAGAGUGGUAGUGACCAUCGCUACAUGAACAGCUAUACAAACAGCUUCUCGAAUGAGUGGAGUACGCCUGACACCUUGAAGAGGUACUCUAUGUACCUCACACCCAAGGGUGGGGCCCGCUCAGCCUAUCAGCCAUCGUCUCCUGGCCGUCUCUCCAAGGAGACCAACCAGAAGAAUUUCAACAACCUCUAUGGCACCAAAGGUAACUACACCUCCCGGGUUUGGGAAUAUUCCUCCUCCAUCCAGAGCUCAGAUGACCUGCCCCAGGUCCAAGGCAGCUCCUCCUUCUCCUUGAAAGGCGCUGGGAAAGCCCCCUAUCAGGUCACCACCUUGGGACAGGCCACUGCAGAGUUUUCCAAGCCACUGGACCACAGUGGGCUGUUUAACAAUAACCUUGGCUAUCCCUCCCUCCUCCGGAGCCAGGCCCCCAAGGCCCAGCCCCAAACUUGGAAAUCUGGGAAGCAGACUCUGUUGUCUCACUACCGGCCUUUCUACGUCAACAAAGGCAACGGGAUUGGGUCCAACGAGGCCCCUUGAGCUCUGGCAGGAGGGACUGAGGCACAGCCACCCCCCACCCUACCCGCCUCACACUUUUCAGCUGCUGCUCUGCUCCACGAGAGACCGGGCCCACCUGCCCUGCCCUCCACUGCUGGCCAUGCUCCAUCCCAGCUAUUUUCCUGCUUGGUGAUUUGUGAUGGUCACCCUUGUUCCUAUGCUCAGGAGCUAACCCAGGGCAGGGAUAAGAGGCAGGUGGCUUCUCCCCUAACUCACCCCCCCAUGGAGCUGGGUCACUGGGGCCUCCAUGGUAUCAGCCUGACCUCCUCCUGCCCAUGCCCUUUGGUCUCCAGGCCCGGUGACUAUUUCUCUCCAAGCCUUCAUCUCCCCAAUGUGGGCAGGAGGUGCCAGGCCAUUCCCAGCUCCCAUUCCUGUGAACCCAGCAGGGUUUUUCUUCCCAGCACCUUCUUCCCAGCAGCCUUUCCCUGACAGAAGAAGACUGUCCCAUGUGCCCUUGAGGGUCCUACUCAAGAAAGCCUAGCCUGGCAGAACCUCAGCCUUUGGGCAUCUUGGAGGGGGACCUUUUGGUGUCCUGGCCUCACCCUGCCUGUAGUCUCUGCUAUGUUCACCUUGAGUCUGUAGUCCCUGCAGGACAGGCUCUCCUGGCUGGCAGGAUGGUCUUAGCCAAGCUAUCCCUCUCUUCUACCUGCCAGCAUAAGCAAUUCCCUGGAAGCCAUAUAAGCCACCCCUGAAAAAGCUACUGGCCCAGCCUUCCUGAGGAAAUACCAUUUCCCUGUGGGAUUUCAAUCAUUUUAGAAUCUGGCAUUCUCCUUAGCAAUGGAAAUGAAGCAGGCUGGUGACUGCUGCCACUGUCUGCAAGGGUGCCUUACCCCAUCAGGAAGUCUGUCUUCCCUCCGACUACCUUCCCUGUCUGUCGUGUGUCACAGGGCCUGGAGAGGAGACCAAACCAAGAGCAGCUGGGGGUGUCCUCUCACUCCAAGGACCAAUGGGGGCUGUGGAGGUGGCCAGCUUUCAGGGGUGGGAGGGGACUUUCAGCUUGGGCCUUCCCCUCGUCAAUAAACCACUCAUCACUCAUC